AUGGCGCCAACUAAGGACGACGAGCCGCCGCUGCACAUCCUCUUCUUCCCUUUCCUCCUUCCUGGCCACCUUAUACCGAUGGCCGAAAUUGCCGCACUCUUCGCCGCUCGCGGCGUCAGGUGCACCGUCCUCACCACGCCCGUCCAAGCCCUCACCAUCCGCUCCGUCGUCGACUGCGCGAACAACAGCAGCGCCGCCGGCACCCCGAUCUCCAUCACCGUCCGGCCGCGUCAGUGGGCGAAGUUCCAGAUCGCCCACGACGCUGACCGGUCGAGCUACGGCGAGAUCUUCAACAGCUUCCGCGAGCUGGAACCGGGCUACGCCGAGCACUACCGUGCCACGCAGCUCCGCCGCCGCGUGUGGCUCGUCGGGCCGGUCGGGCUCGUCAGUGGCAGCCUGGAGGACGUCCGGUCAAGAGGCGCCGUCGCCGGCGCGCUCUCGCCGGACGCCGCCGGCUGCCUGCGGUGGCUCGACGCGAACCCGGCCAGCUCGGUGGUGUACGUCUCCUUCGGCUCGAUGACCAGCUUCUCGCCGGAGCAGAUGCGGGAGCUCGCCCGCGGCGUCGACCUCUCCGGCAAGAACUUCGUGUGGGUCAUCGCUAAUGACGGCGCCGCCGUAUCCUCGGACCCGUGUAAGCCAGGCGGGUUCCCGACGACGAACCGUGGGUACAUCGUCCGAGGAUGGGCGCCGCAGGUGCUCAUCCUGAACCACCCUGCCAUCGGCGGGUUCGUGACACACUGCGUCUGGAACUCGACGCUGGAGGCCGUGAACGCCGGCGUGCCGAUGGUGACGUGGCCGCGGUACGUCGACCAGUUCUACAACGAGAAGCUGGUCGUGGAGGUCCUCGGGGUGGGCGUGGGCGACGGCGCCGAGGAGUACGCGUCUAGCGUGGAGACCCACCGGGUGAUCGCUGGCGAGGCGAUAGCGGAAUCCAUCCGGAGACUGAUGGAGGGGGAGGGCGAUGGCGCCGCCAUGCGCAAGAAGGCGAAGGAGCUCGGCGUGAUGGCAAGGGGCGCGGUGGAGAAGGGUGGGUCAUCAUACGAUGACGCCGGACAGUUCAUGGAGGAGUUGAUCGCCCGCCGGAGUUCCGUCGGAUGUACCGCCGAUGGCUAAUGGUGAUCCUCUAGCUGUCACUCGAUUUCGCAGUUCGUCGGUUAGCUCGGCGAGCUAUUCACUGUAAAUUAGUGUUCAUGUCAUUCCCGUUGUGUGUGUGUGUAUCAGUGUAUGUGUAUGCUAUCUGCAGGGGCAGCGUGCAUUUGUUGUAGAGGGAUCUGAAAUCGUUUGU